AUGGUUUCCUUUAAGCAGAUUCGUUCAAAUGAAAUAUUGGUUCGUGUUGCAGCCGAUGCCAGUGAUACUAGAUGCUCUUUGCCGCAAGCUGAUUGCUCCCACCCGAACGCCCCCAUUAAUGCAAAUCUGACGCCGUCUUUCGCCCCCUACUCUACUUCGUCCCAGACUUCCUAUCUUCAAUGCUCCGGUACCACAACUCAUCCAACUAACUCUACCAAUCAAACAUGCCAUUUUUCACCUCCCAGAUGUGCCGUAGGUACUGUUGGAGGGAUCUGGCAACAAACAAAUAAUCAACCCAUUCUUAGCAAUGACAUAAGUAGUCCUUGUGUUACCUCUGACAACACCAGCACUUUUGGGGCCACCGGAAGCCUGGAUAGCAAAGAUAUAGAAUCUCUAUGCUCGCCAAUCAGCCUGCAGACAUCUUCAGCGGUAUCAACGUCGACAAUUCAACUCGUUAAUCAAUCUGUGUCAGGCCAAUUACAAUCUGAAGUAUCGAUUGGCAACAAUGGGGCAUCGCCCGCUCAGCACCAAGCUCCUGAAUCAUCUAGAUGGGCCAGUCUGGCCAUUUCACAACCUAAUGUUGGGUCUCCAGCACCGGGGUCAGCAGUUGGAAGCUACGUUGCUCGAAAUAGCACUGUUGGGGUAUUGGAUGUGAAGAGUGAGCCAGCUAUAGCUUUUGCCUGCUUGUGGGCCUUUGAAAUUUCGGUAUGUGUUUUUAGAGAACUCACAACAAAUGAUAUUUUGCCAUUUACUUCCUCUUGGUAA